AAACAUGCACUAUGGAAUUGAAUCAAACAAAAACAUAAAGUGAACAACAAUGACUAGAUCGAACCAUCAUUUCUCAAAUGCAAAGCAAAGCACCCAAAAAUUCACAAUAUGAAGUGGACUCAUUUCCUUCCUUUUUGCUACAUCCCAUUUACCAAUUAAAACUUCGUUAUCCCAAAUUCACACUCUUUCUCCAAAAAUGGGAAACUGUUGUUCUUUAGACUUUUGGUGUCCAAGAACUUAUGAAAUUUCAAUCUCAACUUCCUCUGACACUUCUCCAAGAAACAGAAACAGAAAUAGAAACAGAUCAUACUAUAAACCACCACCACUUCCUCCCUUACAACCACCACCACUUCCUCCUCCUUCCUCGUCGUCUGCGGCACCGGGAAUUGGUCCUAUUCUAAACAAACCAUAUGUUGACAUCACAUCAACCUACCAUCUAGAGAAAGAGCUAGGAAGAGGGCAGUUUGGGAUAACAUACUUAUGUACAGAAGUUUCAACAGGGUUGAAAUAUGCAUGUAAAUCAAUAUCUAGGCUAAAACUAAAGCAUAGAAAAGAUAUUGAGGAUGUUAGAAGAGAGAUUUUAAUAAUGCAACAUUUAAGUGGACAACCCAAUAUUGUUGAGUUUAGAGGGGCUUAUGAAGAUAGAAAUAAUCUAUAUUUAGUCAUGGAGCUUUGCUCAGGUGGAGAACUGUUUGAUAGGAUUGUGAGUAAAGGUGGCUUUUCAGAGAAGGAAGCUGCUGUAAUAUUUAGACAGGUUGUUAAUGUUGUUCAUGUCUGUCAUUUUAUGGGUGUCAUGCAUAGGGAUUUGAAGCCUGAGAAUUUCUUGUUGGUUAACAAGGAUGAAGAUUCUUCUUUGAAGAUCACUGAUUUUGGCCUCUCUGUCUUCAUUGAAGAAGAUAAGGUUUACAAGGAACUUGUUGGAAGUGCAUAUUAUGUGGCGCCAGAGGUUUUGCUGCGCCGGUAUGGGAAAGAAAUAGACGUGUGGAGUGCUGGAAUCAUUUUGUACAUUCUUCUAAGUGGAGUUCCUCCCUUUUGGGCUGAGAAUGAAGCUGGGAUAUUUGAUCAGAUACAGAAAGGGAAGCUUGACUUGGAAACCCCUCCAUGGCCUUCAAUUUCUGAUGGUGCCAAAGACUUAAUUUCUAAAAUGCUUGAGAGAAACCCUAUGGCGCGUAUAACUGCUGCACAGGCACUUGAACAUCCAUGGCUCAGAGAAGACGGUGAUGCUUCAGAGAAACCUAUGGACAGUGCUGUACUGAUUAGGAUGAAGCAGUUCAGAGCAAUGAACAAACUCAAGAAGCUAGCUCUUAUGGUCAUGGCAGAAAAUCUUUCAGACGAAGAAAUAAAAGGUUUAAAAGAGAUGUUCAACAACAUUGAUACUGACAGAAGCGGUACAAUCACGCUACAAGAACUUAAACAUGGUUUGGCAAGGCUAGGCUCAAAGCUAACAGAAUCAGAAAUAAAGCAGCUAAUGGAUGCUGCUGAUGUUGAUAAGAAUGGAACUAUUGAUUACAUGGAAUUCAUCACGGCUACUAUGCAUCGACAUAGACUGGAUAAGGAAGAGAAUAUGUACAAGACUUUCAUGUACUUUGACAAGGAUGGCAGUGGAUUUAUAACAAGAGAAGAGCUGAGACAAGUCAUGACAGAUUUUAAGAUGGGAGACGAGGCAACUAUCGAUGAAAUUCUGGAUGAUGUAGACACUGACAACGAUGGAAGAAUAAAUUACGAGGAGUUUGUAGCAAUGAUGAAGAAGGGCACAGCAGAUUCUGAUGGAAAGCAAAAUGAAUUAUUUGUGUAUAAGUGAAAUGUGUAACAGGGAACAAGGAUGCAAACAAACAAUCAUUGGUGCAUUGCUUUUUAUUCUCAUUAUCUUCUUUACUUUGUAAGGCUUUUUUUUUUGUCCCUGAAGCUAAUAAAGUGUCUUGUAUAUUAUUCUACUUCUUAUUUAUUUUAUCUCAAUGAUUGAACGAGAAUGGUUCUCGA